UGAUCAUUUUCCCUUCUGUGGAGAUUUUUGAGAAAGGAAGGCAAAAAAGGUUUCUCCCUCUAACCCACCAACACCUUCCUCUCUCUCUCUCAUGGAUUUUCCUAUUCUUUUCUUUCUCUUUCUCUCCAUCCUUCCUAUCUCUCAAUCACAAGAACUCUCUGUCGAUUACUACAAAACCUCUUGCCCUAACUUUCAACAGAUAGUUCGCGAGACUGUCACCAGCAAACAGAUCUCUACUCCAACGACCGCAGCUGCCACUUUACGUAUGUUUUUUCAUGAUUGUAUGGUAGAAGGUUGCGAUGCCUCUGUUCUUAUUUCCUCUAACACAUUUAACGUAGCUGAACGUGACGCUGAGAUCAAUCUUUCCUUACCUGGAGAUGGUUUUGACGUUGUAGUAAGAGCCAAAACAGCUUUAGAACUCACCUGCCCUAAAAUUGUUUCUUGUGCUGAUAUUCUUGCUCAAGCCACCCGCGAUCUUAUUAUUAUGGUUGGUGGACCUUUCUAUACAGUGCAAUUAGGGAGGAAAGAUGGGUUGAUCUCUAAAGCAGCGGACGCAGAACAACAUGUCCCAAGAAGUAAUAUGACUCUUGAUCAUAUGAUCAAUUUGUUUAAACUAAAAGGGUUUACUGAAACUGAAUUGGUUGCUUUAAUGGGUGCACAUACCAUUGGAUUUUCCCACUGCAAGGAGUUUGCCGAAAGACUUUACAAUUAUAGCAAUACUACACCAACAGAUCCAGAUUUUAACCCUAAAUAUGCAGCUGCAUUAAAGACCUUAUGUGCUAAUUAUACAAUAGAUACAACUAUGUCUGCGUUUAAUGAUGUUCUUACACCAAGCAAAUUUGACAACAUGUACUUCCAGAACUUGCCUAGAGGAUUAGGGUUAUUGUCAAGUGAUCAUAUUCUUGUUAAGGACCCUAGGACUAAGCCAGCUGUUGACCUUUAUGCAAAGAACCAGACACAGUUUUUUGUGGAUUUUGCUCGAGCAAUGGAGAAGCUAAGUGUUCUUCAGAUCAAAACUGGGGAUAAAGGAGAGGUCAGACACAGAUGCGAUCACUUCAAUUCUAUUGAUACUUAAUUUUUCUUUUUUUUUUUAAUUUAUAAGCAUAUUAAUGAGAAUGGGAUUAUAAUUAAUUAAUUAUGUUAAUCUUUAGCGUAUAAGAAACAAUUAAGUUAAAUUGGUUGGUUAUGGUAUGAUAUUGGUUCAUUUAAGUUGCUGCUGCUGCUGUUACUGUAGUUUAUAAGAAAGAAAUGUAUUUUUAUGUUUUUUAUUGUA